AUGGACACGUCGUUGAAGGAGCUGACUACCGCCCGGGCACAAAAGGGCUACCGUGAUGGCACAUUCACGGCUCGGCAAGUUGUCGAAUACUAUCUCCAUCGCAUCAAGACAAUCGACCAAGCCGACAAUGGCCCCAAGUUGAACAGCAUAUUGGCGGUUUCGUCAACAGCCGUCGCAGAGGCCGAUGCUUUAGAUGCGCAUCUCAAAUCCACGUCGGAAUUGAAAGGGCCACUCCAUGGUAUCCCCGUGGUUGUCAAAGACCAGGCCAGUACCAAUGGCCUCGCGACGACGUACGGGUCGAUCGUUGCCAAAGAUUAUAUACCAGAGCAAGACGCCACGCUGGUCGCAAAGCUGAAGGCCGCAGGAGCCAUCAUUUUGGCGAAGACCACGAUGCCAGACUUUGCCACGUCCUGGCACUCGACGUCGUCUCUGUCCGGGACAACGAAGAACCCAUACGAUACGAAAAGAGACCCCGGAGGCUCCAGCUCAGGCACGGGAUCGGCGAUAGCAGCUGAUCUUGGUCUUCUGGGCGUGGGCGAGGACACCGGUGGCUCAAUUCGAGUGCCGUCUUCCUUCUGUGGGCUCGUGGGUAUUCGAUGUACUCCUGGUAUAAUCAGCCGGACUGGUCUGUCGCCCUUGCUAGUUCCCCAAGAUACACCAGGUCCAAUGUGCCGGACCGUCACAGACGUUGCCUUGAUGCUCGAUGUACUGGCCGGCUUCGACGAAGAGGAUCCCUAUACAGCAACUGCAGUGAUCGCGGGUCCGCCUACUGGAGGAAGCUAUGGUGCGAAUCUAUCUGUGGACAAGAUCAAGUCGGCACGUAUCGGUGUGCUCCGGGGCGUAUUUGGACCAAAGUCGAGCCCAGAGAGCCAAUCCGUGAACAAGGUCAUCAAUGCGGCGCUGCAGACGCUCCAAGACAACGGCACGGUCCUCGUCGACGUCGAGAUACCCAACCUGACGAAACUCCUCGAGAUAACCUUUACGUAUCACGAGCGCUCUCGUUCCGAUCUUGACGCGUUCUUCGGUCGACACCCAUUCCUUAAGACCAACACCAAAGAGAUUUAUGAGUCGAAGAAAUAUCACCCAGCUCUCGACUUGUUCGAGGGUAUUGCCACAGGUAUCGGGACGCCCCAGAAUGAUCCUGAAUUCACCACUCGCCUGCUUGCCCGAGAGGAGCUCCAGCGCGCCAUCACAGUCGCCCUAGCCAAGGAAAAUCUCGAUGCACUGGCUUUCCCGGACGUCCAGGUCCCGGCUCCGUUGCUCGAAGACGUGCUUUCUCAAAGAUGGCCUGCGGCGGCUUUCCCAACCAAUACGCUGGUCUCGUCACAGUCGCUUUUCCCCUCCGUCACUGUACCUGCGGGCUUGACCGAGGGUGGCAGUGGUUUACCCGUGGGCUUGGAAUUGGUCGGUCUACCGUAUCGCGAGCAGAAACUGCUGGAGCUGGCAUACGGAGUGGAGCAACUCGUCCAGGGUCGGAAGCCUCCAGUUCUGUAA